AUGAAUGUGCUUUUGAAGGGAAGAAUACAAAAACACACAGGUUCUCCAUCAGCAGAGAUGUGUAUCAUUUGGCUGUGGAGUUUAUUACUGAUAACCAUAUUGAAUACAGUGGCACAAGACUGCCCAGAGUAUAUAAGAACCCAGUAUGAUUACAUUAUAGUUGGUGCUGGUACCGCCGGUUCUGUAUUAGCGGCCAGGUUAUCAGAAGAUCCAAGUGUUCAAGUGUUGUUGUUAGAAGCUGGUGACAAGGAAACAGACAGACCAGAAACACCAUUCAUUACAACACCAGGGCUGGCCAAACAACUCAGGAACAGUUCUGUAGACUGGAAAUACUUUACACAUCCACAAGAAAAUGCAUUGUUUGGGUAUAGGAAUAAGCAAGCUGCCUUACCUAGAGGUAAGGUUAUUGGAGGUACGUUUGCAAUAAAUGAUAUGAUUUAUCAGAGAGGCAGUCCAGGAAUCUUCGAUGAAUGGGACAAGAAAGGAGCUAGCGGAUGGGGAUUCAAGCAUGUCGCUCCUUACUUCCGCAAAUCUGUAGAUACAAAAGUGAUGGAGCUGUCUAAAUCAGAUCUACACCGAUCGUGUGGACCAAUGACAGUGACCACGUUACAGCCUACGUCAUUACUAAACGUGUAUUUCAAUGCAACACAAAGUCUAGGAUAUGAUGCCAUCAAUUGUAACGAGAAGGAGGAUCAAGGUAUAUGUCGGAUACAAACGAACAUACGAGGAGGAGAACGAUUGACCACUGCUAAAGCUUAUCUCAAUGAAGCUCGAGGACGACAGAACUUAAACAUUGUCACGAAGGCAUUGGUUUCUAGGGUUUUGAUUGCGCGAAGAAAGGCAGUCGGCAUAGAAUUUAUUUUUUCAAACGUUUCAUUCCAAGUUCUAGCAUCAAACGAAGUUAUUCUAUCUGCUGGCUCAUAUGGUUCUCCUAAAAUACUAUUUUUGUCUGGAAUUGGACCCAGAGAACAUCUUUACAACUUGCAAAUUCCUGUGAUUGCUGAUUUACCUGUUGGAGAAAAUCUACAAGAUCACAUCUCUGUUGACAUCCGGGUAUUUGUUAAUGUUUCUACAAUGAAACCUAAUUCGAAUCUGGACAGACUAAUGAUAGAUCAGUAUUUCUAUCAGAGAAAAGGUCUAAUGGCAUCCAUUGGUGGAAGCGAGGCAUUUCUUUUCGCGAAUACAAAUAAAACAAGACCAUCGCCAUACCCAGACCUACAGUUAACGUUUAAAUCUUCUAUAGCUGACCAUGACCACGAGUUACUACGAGUCAUGAAUAAAGAUGAACAGUUGAUCAAGUCAUGGUAUUCACUUGGUAAAAACAAAGAUGGCAUUACAAUAACAGUCAAACUCCUUCAUCCUAAAAGUAGAGGUCACCUUAAGUUAAAUUCAACGGACCCUAACGAAAUGCCAAUCAUUGAUCCUAAAUACCUCUCAAAUGUAGAAGAUAUUGAAACACUUUAUAAAGGUAACAUGUUUGCAUACUUCUAUCAUAUUGCCAAGAAAGUUAAGUGGCUGUUUUAA